AAAGUUGCAGUAAUGAUGUCAUUGUCAGGGUCUGAGGUCAGUCUAUAGAAACCAGCGCACACACUGCUGGAGUCUCACAUACAGACACUGAGACGGCACAACAAAACAUCAGGUCCUCCAGUGCAAACACAGACUAGAAGAGAUGCAGAGCAAACAGAGACAGCAGCAGGCGCGGAUCUUCCUGAGUACAAAGGGAGGUCUGAACUUGGGAAAGAAGGUCAGCGUUCCAAGGGAUGUAAUGCUGGAAGAGCUGAAUCUUACCAAUAACAGAGGAUCUAGAAUGUUCCAGGAGCGCCAGAGAAGAGCAGAGAAAUACACACUGGAGAGCACAGCAGGUUCCCCUAUGGUCAUAUACAACGAUACGGAACAAAAUCAAAACCAGAACUCGAUGAUGAUAAACAUGCAGGGGGGAAAAGAAAACCAGGGACAUGCAGUGACCGGUAAACACAGUCUCAUCACCAACCUGAAGACCUCUGUGGCUAAGAAAGGCAACCCCGGCGUCCUAGCACCAGGUUACACCGGGCCCCUACGGGAGAUCCCCCGAGAGAUGUUUAAUUCCACGGCCAUCCCAAAAUUAUAUUGUUCCCCCUGGGAAGAAGCCCUCGGACACAACCAGGAGCUUUCGACCUCCUUCAACACCCAGUUACCUCCACAGAAACUACCACCAGUUAACUACAGGUGCUUCAACAGAGCUGCAGUGCCAUUUGGAGGUCCUGUACGAAGUCAAAGAGUGAUUCCCGUCAUUGGGUUCGAACAACCAGAGAUUCAAAAUCUACCUGGCGUGACCCUGUCCAUGAUCUCCAAAAGGCCUAACUUUAACAGAGCCCCGCGGGGAUGGGCCGCCGGAUACUCGCCUGAAUCGAAUGACCUGUGAGCCCGUCGCACAUCCACAUCUGUAAUAUUAAAAGAGAAGACAACUGUUGUGGCGUAACAACCUACCUUUUGCUCUUUUGGACCUUAUUCUGCUAUUGAAAGAAAGCUCAGUUUGAGCCACACUCAAGAAAAGCAGCUUGAAUUUAUAGAUUAUAUUUUAUAGAAACACAACAGAGCUAAUAGGGAUGAAUAAAAAAGAACAGAUGCUUUUAACUAGGGCUGGGAAUCGAUUCUAAAAAGAUUCAAUUCUUCGAUUCAUUAUUUUGGAAUCGAGAGUCGAUUGGAAAGGAUGGAAUCGAUUCCAUAAAAGGGAAUCAACUCCUUUUUAACAUCUUGUAUAAGAGUACUAACUCAUCCCUAUGAGUCACUUGUAAAUAUAAAUGUACACUUUAGAAAAACAAAAAAAUGGAUUCAUUCUGUCAGAUCUCUCUCAGUGUGUGUGUAUGAAGCUGCAUAUAAUAAAGUGCUUUUUUAAAGUUG